AGUUAUAUAGAAAGUUGACCAACGCAAAAUGUCGGCCUGCGCCGCCGCCAGCGUCGUCGGAUCUUUUCAUGUCCGGCGGCAGCUACCCAAGACGAGAUCACGGCAGCGGGCGGUGAUGGCCGUCCGAUCUGGUGUCAGCGUUGGAGUAGCUCCGAUCUUGACUAAGCUGGAAAAGGAUUGUGCCACUCCUCUCCCGGUCUUGCGCCACGUGGCAGAUGCCAUGGCUGCUGAUGUGCGGGCUGGGCUUGCCGUCGAUGGCGGCAGCGAUCUGAAAAUGAUUCUCAGCUAUGUUGAUACUCUACCAACUGGGAAUGAGAAGGGGUUGUUUUAUGCGUUGGACCUCGGUGGUACUAAUUUCCGCGUGCUAAGAGUGCAAUUGGGAGGGAAGGAAGAGCGUGUAGUUGCCACUGAAUUUGAGCAAGUGUCUAUACCACAAGAAUUGAUGUUUGGUACCUCUGAGGAACUUUUUGAUUUCAUUGCUUCUGCACUGGCAAAGUUUGCGCAAAAGGAGGGUGAAAAGUUUCAUUUGCCGCCUGGAAGGACAAGAGAAAUAGGAUUCACUUUCUCUUUCCCAGUGAAGCAGACUUCUAUUAAAUCUGGCAUUCUAAUCAAAUGGACAAAGGGUUUUGCAGUCUCUGGAACUGCGGGGAAAGAUGUGGUUGCUUGUUUGAACGAAGCCAUGAAGAGGCUAGGAUUAGAUAUGCAAGUCUCUGCCCUGGUCAAUGACACUGUGGGAACACUAGCUGGAGCACGAUAUUGGGAUGAUGAUGUCAUGGUUGCCGUCAUUCUUGGAACCGGAACCAAUGCUUGUUAUGUGGAGCGGACAGAUGCUAUUCCUAAACUGCCAGAUCAGACUUCAACAUCUGGACUAAUGAUUGUAAAUACCGAGUGGGGAGCAUUCUCAAAUGGCCUUCCCUUGACAGAAUUUGACAGAGAAAUGGAUGCUGACAGCAUAAAUCCUGGUGAGCAGAUAUUUGAGAAGACAAUCUCGGGCAUGUACCUUGGAGAAAUUGUGCGACGAGUCCUCCUCAAAAUGAUGAAAAGUGGCUUGUUUGGAAACUCAAUUCCAGAAAAAUUACUCACGCCAUUUGUUCUCAGAACACCGGACAUAUCUGCAAUGCAACAAGACAUUUCCCGAGAUCUUGAAGGUGUUGGAUCAAUCCUCUAUGAAAUAGCCGGGGUAAACUCUGAUCCAAGUGCGAGGAAGAUAGUAGUAGAUGUCUGUGAUGCAAUUGCAAAACGCGGUGGGCGCCUGGCAGGAGCAGGAAUUGUUGGGAUUCUUCAGAAGAUGGAAGAGGAUUCGAAGGGGCGAAUCUUCGGGAAGAGAACAGUAGUAGCAAUGGAUGGAGGCUUGUACGAGCAUUAUCCCCAGUACAGAAGCUACCUCCAAGAAGCUGUCACCGAGCUGCUGGGCACAGAAAUCUCGAAAAAUAUAGUGAUAGAACAUACCAAAGAUGGAUCUGGGAUAGGUGCGGCUCUCUUGGCUGCUGCAAACUCAAAGUACGAACACCAUUUAUAGAUGCCAUUCAUCUUCCCUCAUUUUUUUGCCCAAAAUGUUGGCUUUUUGUGUCAAGAACUGUGUGGAAACACUCAUCCUUGUGUAUUUGUGGAAAGUUUAGUUUUUUAUGUAGCAUAGAUUUAGCAACAUUUUUGGGCACUCUGCCAUUUUUUAUUCUGAUUAUUGCAACAUUGUAGUGGACCAAACAAUGUAUCGACAAUACUCAUAUUGUACAUUAUCGAGUUCCAUUGUUCAUAAUUUAGUAAUCUUAUUUCUUCUUUC